AUGCAGCCCCACAUGGCUGUAGCAUGGAGCUGCAACAUCCAGGGUGAGGAGGAGGGGUGGGGGGUGAGGAAGGGGGGGGGGGGGGGGGGGGCUAAAUCCCAGCUGCCCUCAUACCCCGCCUCGGCCCUCAAAGGCUGGCUCCAGAGUGCCACUGCCCUGCCCCGCUCUCUGAUGUAUGGUCCGGAGAGGCAGCGGGACGUGUGGGCCAGGCCGCGCAGCCACAGAGGGCCUCUCUAUUACACACGAAAAACUCGCAGCUCUUUUGAUUUGGGUGGUAACUACGAGGCGGGUGUGAACGACGCAGGUGCAGUGUGUGUGGUCCUGUAG